AUGAGGGAGCAGGAAGCAUCAGAUUCGCCGAGCAAGAAACUCGCCAAUGGAGACAAGUCCAUGGAUGAGAUCUGGGCAGCCGCAGCCGAGCAUUUCCGGGAAAUAUGCGGCGAGUCGCUGAAUAAGGGCGAGUUGAAGAGCUUUGAAGACGUGCAGAGGCAGAUUGAGAACAGCGGCAAAGUCAAUACGAGCCCGAGUCCGGAAGACAGCUGGGAGACAGCUAAGAGUGUCGGUCUUAGUUCUCUCAAGUACCUCAAAAUGCUCGUGGGAGCUGCUUCACAGGCCUCUUCAUUUAUCCCAAUCCCGGCCGUGGCAAGCAAUAUAACAGCCAGUGCGCUCUCAUUCGUGUUCGAAAUCCCUCAGGCUAUCAAAGGCUACAACGAUGCCGUCGAUCAAGUCUUUAGCGAAGUAUCGUCGGCACUGUCUCAGUUCCAGAUCUAUCAGUCCAUGGACAGCGUCGAUCGCUUGCUGAUCAACCAGAUCAAUCUGGUUCUCAUACGCUUUGUUGAGGUUUGCGCUCAUGUCGUCAAGCAUCGCCAGGGCCGCAGACGUGACCGAGUCUUCCAACGGGUCAAGUCCAUUUUCGACAGCGACACAGACUUGGCUGGUGCCAUGGCGGCAUUCAAAGGGGCGCUGCAGGGACAGCGCGAUGUUGAAGGAACUGUCACGCUUGCGGUGGUUGUAGAAACGCAAAGGGCUGCGCAAGAGACCCACAAGGGCGUCCAGUCUCUGACAGAUGACGCUGACCGCACGAAGACACUGACCAAGAUUCGCGAUAAUCUUGGCGUGCCGUCAACUGUUCGGCUCGACACCAACACCACGCAGACAGUUACCGCCAUCUCGGACAAAUGUUUCAACGGCACAGGUUCGUGGAUCUGGAAUCAUGAAGCUUACACCUCAUGGACAGCAUCAAACGAUAAAGAUGUAUUGGUUGUGUCCGGUCCUGAAUCGUCCGGAAAGACAUCUGUCACUGCUCUCAUUACCAAACGCCUCGAAGAGCAAAAGGGGCGCACCUAUGUUGCCCACUACUUCUUCCCAGUCAGCACGAAGAAGACCGAAAAUGACAAAAGUCCCGUACAGACAGCGCUGAAGUACAUGGCUUUUCAAAUUGCUCGUGUCGAUGCCACGGUACGAAAAGCCUUGAACAAGGCGUGUGACGCUGGGCCUGCCGCAUUCCGUCGCUCAUCGAGCACCGAGAACUUGGAGAAGCUGUGGUCAGACCUCAAAAUUGGAGCACCUGGAUCAGGAGCUACAUACUACCUGGUGUUCGAUGGAAUUGAGAAUCUUCAUCAAGAUCAGUUGAAGAUGCUCCUUGAGUUUGUCUUCGGUUCUCGGUCGAAAGAGAAGCCGACUCGGCGAGUGCGCAUCUUGGUGAGCGGCACAGACGCCAAGCUGAAGACUGCGUACCAACCAAACUUCGACGAUGCGUUGAAAAUUCAAAUGGAGAAGGAGAACGAGCAGGAUAUGCGGCUCGUCAUCAUUGAGUCUUUGAACAAGCAGGGUGUGCUUCCAAACGCCGGGACCAAUCCGCAACAGCAAAAGGCUAGAGACAAGAUUCUUGAGAAGCUUCCACAGAAUGUGAACGGAAGAUACUCGACAUUCCAGCCUCAGCUAGACGGAGUCGUACGUCUCCUGAGCACACGUAUGGCUACUGUUGAAGAGUUAGACCGUAUGCUUGAUCAGUCAAUGAGCAGUUUCGAGGCGGCGAUCAACGAUCUCCAGCGGUCAUUGACAGCUGAUGAAAUCAUCGAGCUAAACGAAAUGCUGAAAUGGGCCUUGUACAGCCACUACUAUCUUACCUUGGAACAACUUGAGUCCGCCAUGAGGCUAUUUUCAGGCAUAGAAUCUCUCACGUCUCUCGAGUACGUUAUCAAAAAUAAGUACUCCGCUGUCUUGAUGAUCGAAGAUGGUAGUGUCUUCCCUCAAGACGGUGUUGUAGAGUAUUUGCAGAAGCAGAGAGAACUUUCGAACCGCUCGGCCAACUCCAAAGACCGCCCUACGAUCAGCAUGACCAUCACUAUCAACAAUGUCGACCAAGAGCUUUGUGGGCACUUUCUCUGGGAUCUUGCAGAUAUGGCGAUCCGGGACAAGUUCAAAUUUGAUUUCAACAACUCAAACGCUCUGCACAACAGCAGUCAGCGUAUGAUUUCAGUGGACGAGUUUGAGGCCAACCAGACGAUUGUGACUCGGGCUUUCAACUACCUGAAAGGCAAUCCCCAGGAGGAGACGAAAACCAUUGGAGAGUACCUCGUCUGUUGGCUUCCCUACCACCUGGGCCAACUUCGACAACUUGAAGACGAGGGCAAGGGAGAACUAACAACAAACGAAAGGGCCGAGAUUGGAAGUAACCUGUAUAACCUUUUCAAAGACGACGCGGUCUUCAAACGGCAUAGAGCAUCUCUCGGAGAGGUUUAUUGGUGGGCAGACGAGAUGACAGACGUUCAGAAGUGGUUAACCGAUCCAACAGUCGUCCGGAAGCUCGAUAAGCCAUGGCGUGCCAAGAUGGAGCGUGCACGAUACCCCACAAGAGGAUAUCUCAAAGAGUUCGUUCAUAUGGUGGUACGAGGGUUCCUGAGAGAAAGGAGCUGGAAUGUACCAAGCGCUUGCCGGUGGCUGAAAGAGUUCAUGGCCGCGGACAAGGACAAGAUUGAGAAGCUUCCAGAUGCCCCAAACCCCGAUGGAGAUGACGCGAACCAAGAGGGCUCAUCAUCUCCAUCUUCAUCCGCUGGCUCUAGCGACGAGAUCGACUGGGACGUUGCCAGCAAAUGGUGCCAAGACAUCCUCGGACUGUCAGACGCAGACCUUGAUUCACUUUGGUAUGAAAGACUCGCUGAGGCAUCCUCUUGGGUGGGGAACAACCCCGAUCAAGCUCUAUCGCUUUAUCAGAAAGCCGCUCAACUUGAAAACCCAAGCUGGCGGUGUUACCACGGCCUAGGCAUGACGUACUAUAAUCGGGAGCAGUUGGAGCAGGCCAUCGAACAAGUCGAGCUUGCUCUGAAGGAAGCCGAAUCGGAGAAGACUACGCCAAAGCCAGAUUCAAAGGAGAUCGUCGGCUUGCACUUAUUGCUGGGCAGGUACAACUAUGAGACGCAGAAGAUGGCCACUGCGGCAAAGCACUACUUGGUGGCGUCUCAAAGCGAUGACACUGAACAGGCAAUCGCCGGACAACUGGGACUUCUGAAGGCAAAACUCAUGUCCCCAGAUGUAACCGAGGCUGCACAAUUGCUGAAGACCAUGAUUGCUGCAGAAGGCGGUGAACGUAGGAUGAUUGAAAUCCUGAAGAAGAUAGCGAGGGACUUUGAACACGACGUUCUCGCUUCAAGCAUGUUCAAAACCACGAAAAGCGAUCCAGAGCUUCUGAAGAAGAUGGUCGACACGAUGUACGCCGCCACGCAGAAGUCCACCACGCAAGAAGAACGCCAUGCCGAGUCUUCUAAUUUAGAUGCGCAAUACGAGGAAGAAGAAGCCCGAGGAGUGCUCCUCUUCGACCUUGGCCUCGCCGCGUAUAGGUUCGGAAUCACACUGGAUGAAAAAGAGCCCGUGAGCGAAGCCCUACGUCUUUGGACUGAGAGUCGAGACCAACUCGCCAACGUGGGUGGCCGCAACGCCUACGUUGCGCGGUCUAACGCCACCUCGGCUCUUGCGAACCAUUAUUUCUCGAACCAAGGAAAGGGGAAAGACGAAGAAAACCUCGAAGCAUUGGCCAAACUCGUUCAAGAGGAAUCAAAUAAUUUCGACGACUCUUUAACGGCACUCCUAGCCGCACUCCAUGCGUUACGUGGAGAGAAGGAUAAGGCUAGAUCGGUGCUCAGGCCUCGGGUAGUACAGGCUCUUCAGAUACUUUCUGACGAGAUGCCCGAUAAUGAUAACUAUGGCUUCUUCCUCCUCCAGCAAGUGCUGAAGAGCUAUCAACAAGAAGACUUCAAGGGCGUGUUCAUCGCCCAUUCCUUGCGGGGCCAGCCAGAUCUUGUGACGGGCGGUCUGAACUUUACAGCCGAGGAUAUCAAGGAUGAAGUUACAGACAAAGAAAAGGUUCUCGAAGUUCUUACGGUACUAGCGAAGGGAACUACCCAGCUCGUGAGAACUCAAGUGCCAGAUAGUGCGUCACAACUAGAGCGCAUCCAGGCCGCCAAAGCACACAUUGACUCACCUGCCCUCGCAAGUCAAGCGAACCUCGCCUCCGAAGGUGACACAAGUCAUCAAGACAAGCCAACGAUUCCAGACAAUACUGGUUCUCCAACUAAUGUUGCACAUCGCCUACUCCAGUCGCGCAUCUCGGACUUGCUGAAGCAGCACACACCUACGGUUGAAGUUGAGACGCAGUGGUUCUGUGAUGGUUAUACCUCGGAGGGCAAAAAGUGCGAGAAGAGAGGUGAUUUUGAACAGGAGUUUUACCAAUGCGUCUACUGCUUGGAUAAGGACUUUUGCAGAGAAUGCCUGGCGCGAUUACGUGACCCCGAAUCCGACGUGAUUACAGUUUGCAGUGAAAAGCAUCAGUGGCUUCGGAGACCACGACAGGGGGAGGAUGUUUGUGUUGGCCCGGCAGCGAAGACUGUUCCUGUACCAUUGGGUGUGGAACCAGUUGAUGGUGAUGCCAACGUUUUACGAGCUCGGUAUGCCAAGGAUGGUGGGCAGAUGAUCUCAGUUGAGGAGUGGAAGGAGAGUUUGGCAAGAGAAUUCGAGAUCCCGAUGGAUGAGAUCAAGAGUGGUGUGGCUGCGUUGAAUGCGCUGGAGGACGAAAGCAAGAGCACCACCUAA